AUGGCUGAUUAUGCUGAUGCUGACCGCGAAACAGCCAUACUAGAACGAGCUAGGAAACGAGUGCAGGAACGACGAGAACGUCGAAAUGAAUUGACUAGUUCUGUCGAUGGGGCAUUGUCACCUAUAAUGCCAAGGAGCAGUUCGCCGACGCUUAUAACUGAUCAAGCAAGUUUUUGGGAAUACUUAAAAGGAUGGUCUUCGCCGAUAAGUGAGCCUGUUACUCCGAGACGGGGUGUGGUGCUGAAUGCAUUUACACAUGCACUUGUUGACGCGACACCUCAAACACCCUCAAAUGUAUCGCCUUCGCGGUAUCAUCGCCGAAGCUUGAGUCGUGGACUACCGUUAGAACCCUUGCAUGAGUCACCAGCAUCUCGUCCCACGAAAUCCGCAUUCAAAUCAAACAGCAGAGCGAAUGACAGCAUCGCUAAUCUUGUGUCGAAACCUGAUACUCCUAGACGUCAGAGUUAUAAGAGGAGGACGCUAAGUCGGCAGCCUGAUGCGAUUGAAUCGGACGAUAUGCGAAACUUGAAAACGCCUGGUGCGUCUCCGAAGCUUCGAACUAUUAAAGGUGGCGCUAUUGCUGAAGUUGGAGAACAGAUGGAAUUGUUGCAGCCGGUCAAGACUGAAGAAGAGGAGAUAAUGGAGAUUGCUCAAUUGGCAUUACAGAGUCUAUCUCGCAAUUUCAUCGAGUUUCGGAAGUGGGGUCAGGUUUCGCUUAAUAUGCCAAUGGACAAGAUCUUCUAUCCUCUUCAGCUGAUAUAUAAGCCGGGAUCAGAUGCGUGGAUGACUAUAUACGAGGGUCUACGAUUUCCUGAAGAAGAAGGACUAUACGUUGCGCCGCCACCAAAUUUCUCAGCCCAAAAUAUUCAGAAAAUGGAACGACGGUUACGAGGAUCCGAACCAAACUAUGCAAGAGACUGGUUCAACCCACCACACAGAAUGAUAAUCGACGCUCCAGCUCUCGUAUCUCAACCUCCACGCCCAUACCCAAUCCUCCAUGGUCUCCCACCAAACCCAAAUUCCGAACUAGCCGUCGAAAUCCGUCCAAGAUGGCAACAAUCUUUGCAUCGUUCAAUUGAAAGCGGAUCAUACAUGCUUGUGCUAGAGCUUUCGUCAGUCCGGUUUGAUGAUCAUCCACUUAUGAAUGACGAAAUGAGGGUAGCGAGAGAGUUGGAAAGCACAUGGCGGGUGCUUAAAGGGAGAAAUCGGGAAGAGGUUGUUGAAUUUUGUCAGAGGAAGGUUGAGGCACUGCAUGCAGCAUACAACCAAUACAAGUUGGACCAUCCUCGUGAACGAGGAAUUAGCGAAGAUGGAAUAUAUUCUGCACGUCCUGUAUCUGCCGAGUCUGUGAAAUCGUCAACGUCUGGAUAUGCGCAUCGACUAUUGGCUGAACGGGCUGAAGCUGACAAGCAGAGGAAGAAGAAUGAAGUCGGUAAUCGGUUUAAAGAGAUGAGACAGGAUUUGAAAAAUGCAAGGCUUUUAAGAGAUACAGAAUCGCAAACCUCCCGCCUCCUCGAAUUCAAAAUCCUAAAAUUAUGGCAGGAGCUACAGCGGCUACGUGCACAGCAAGGAUAUUCUACAUCAUCACUUAAACUCACUGUCAAAGUAACUGAGCCCGACAUGGACGCUGAUGUAGAUGAACUUGAACAAGAUGUAUGGGAAGAAGUUGAAGAAUUACGUGAUGAAUGGGAGUCUGAGCAGGAGGAACGAAUGAAUGCUUGGUCUCAGGCAUACAAGGAGUGGGAAGCGCUUGAGAAAGAGAGACACUCAAUUAUGGAGGAGCAAGGGAUUGAUGAGAAUCCUACUGUACCGUCAUCGCCUAUGAUACAUGUGCCUCAAAAGAAGGCGAAUGAGACUAAAGAGGAGAGGCGGACACGUAAAUUGGCUGAGAGAGCGGCGAAAGCUGCGAGAGCUGAGAGUGGACAGUUGGCAUCACCGACGAGUCCAUUGUUGGAAAAGCACGCUGUUCCUGUCAAACCGAAACGUGAGGUGUUUAAAGAGGCUAAAGCGAAGGCACUUGUUUUGAAACGUCUGGAAACAUCACGUCGACCAGUUGGAACUCCAACACUUUCUCUGCAAGUCAAAUCAGAACAUACCAUAACUGCAGCUGCAUCUCUUCCUCGAACUGAAUUAGCUCGUCGUACUACCGCACUCAGCACACAAUUCCAUCUACGUCUUUACUAUAACGAUAAAGAAGUAGCACGUACUGAAUCACGACCAUUGGAUCCCGAUACGUUUGAACUCACUGGAGGAAUAUGGGAAGAAACCACAGCACCGCGAACUCGAGCUACUGCUGCCAGUAAAACGAACAAGCAAAUCAAUCCAGUUUCUGGUAUGACUGUGGGAUUGCUGGUUAAGGAAGAGCCUGAGAAGUUGAGGAUUGCUAUGUUUGAAUCGGGAACCUUUGGCGACACAUUCGUAUGCGAACUCCUCCCUCCUCUUCCACCACCAGCACAAACAGCCCUCUCACGUGGCCGCGCACGAACAGAGCUGCCCUUCUCUGGCCGACCUUACAAGAUCCACACACACCUCAAGCCUACUCGGACGCCAGAUCUUGCGCCCGCUGCUGGCCCAAAUAUGGAAGAACGAUGCACGAAAGGUGUUAUAUCUGUUGGAUUAUGCUGGGGUGUCGGACCUGAUGGUCAGAGUCUUGGACCAUCUGAGUCAAGUCGAUACCGUCGAAUUUGGAAUCGAGAACAUGAUAAGCAGGCACAAAUUGCGCCGCUGAAUGCGUUGAUUGCUAUGCCUGGAUUGGGAGGGCAGGGGAAUGUGCAGCAGAUUACUGAUUGGAUCAGCAAUGCUCGUCUUGAUCCAAAUGAUCCCAGAAAUGUUGAUUUGCUUCAAUUCCGAGAAUUACUUCAAAUGGGUCGCAAUGGACCUUGGAAGGACAAGAAGGUGUUUAGGUUUAACAUAUCGCAGAAGCUGAUUGAUUCUGCACUUGGUGUUGGUCAUACAUUCGAGCUUGACACCAAAAGAAAUGCUCUCUUGAUUGCCCGAAACGCUCAUGCUGCUUCAGUCAGAGGCCCAAUUCCUUACGACGACAAUGAAAUUUUGGAAUCACAAUGGGACAGAGUACCUCAUGUUGAAGAAACACCAAUGGUUACACAUGCACUUCAAUUCCUUACUUCUCACGCUCCACCAACACACACACAAGACAAUCUCAACGAUGCCAAAAACCAACUCAGUCUACUCAAACGAGUACGAGCACAUCACUUACUACGAAGUGCUCGUUCGUUAAGACCCAAACGUGUCUCUGAUUACGUCAAAGAGACCAGCUUUUUGGCAACUCAGGCCACCAUGCCGACGGUCUUGUCCACUCUAUUCAGACCAUAUCGACCAUUGAGGCCGUAUCGAGAUCCUCAAACAGAUGGUGUACAGAUGCCAGAUCGUGUACAGCUCAUCUUCCAAGUUGCGAGAGCUUUGAAUGUUCCAGUAAGGAGUCAUGGAAGCCAUGCGUCUGGUGGUGGUGAUGGUCUAGUGACCGUAAAGCCAUUCGUCGAAAUCUCCUUCCAAUCACAACGGGCCCGUACAACCUGCUCAGAAGGCCCCAAUCCCAUCUGGGAUGAAACCCUCUCACUCGACGUCCAAGUCCCCAACAAUGAUUUCCGUCCUGACAUGCUAAUGGAAUCUGAACUUCCCAGUGAAUUGAUCUGGUUUCACCUAUUUGACGAAAUCAUUAUCGACUUGGUGGACGAUGAACGAGAUCGUAACGAAUACAGCCAUUUCCGUCGUGAAAGAAAUUGGCUAGGAUGCUUUUCGGUACCUUUCGCAAGUGUUUAUGAACAAGUUAGAGUGGAAGGGUCUUUCUGUGUUCGUGUUCCACCUGCCACUGUUGGAUAUGAGAGGUCGUCGCUUGUGGCUCCAGAUGCGGCUGUUAUGGUUGGUGUUGAUCCACCACAGGGGACGCUUUUGCAUGUCUUCAUGGUUCUGGAGCCUCCGUUGUCACAGUUGGGUCCAUUGAAUUUGGUUGCACAGAGUGAUGAUAGUGAAAAGAUUUUGAACCAUGCAGAACAAUGGACCAAGUCUCUGAGUUACUUGAAUCGUCCGGUUAUGGCAACUGCAUUGACUCUAGCAGGGAAAACAGCCCUCCUACCCCACUUCUUACGACCAUACCAACCACCAGAACAUCUUACCUCUCCCUCAGCACUACUCGCAUGGACGUCCUCAAUCCCAUACCUCCACUUCCGAGCAGCAGUCGGAUCAUCAACCGAACUAUGGUCCUCCGUAAACCAAGUAGUCGAAAUGGGCUGUGCAGACCAAGCAGAACAUGCAAUAUGGCUGUGCAAUUUCUUAUUGGGCAGUGGUCGAGAAGCUUAUAUAGUAUUGGGAUCAGGACCAAGUCAUACUCGCGGUUGGUUUGUUGCUGUGAGAGAAGAUGAAUGGGGGCCUGGGAUUGCUGUUAAUGAAGGGGGACAAGCUGUGCCACAGCAACAACCAAGUGUUCUUGUACCAACGAGUCCAACAAGGCCAAAGUCUAAAGCUUCAAUCUCGUUGCCAGUUCCACGACAACCAGGAUCAACACAAAUUAUGAAUAUGCCAAUGCCAUACCUCGGAUACCCACAACAACGAUACUCCGGGUAUCCACCAAUGCCAAUGUCGCCUAUGCCUGGUGCAUUCCCAACACAAGGAUACCCAGCAAAUCAAGGUCCGUGGUGGUCAAACCAACAGCAGCAGCAACAACAGAUUCCAAGUUAUCCACCACCUUGGAUGAUGCAAGGUUUGCCAGGUCCAACAGGAGCAGCACCUUCUUCACCAAUAUCUGCAAGACCUGGAUCACCAGUUAUGGGAUCUCCCAACGGAUACCAUAUGCCUCCGAUGCCACAAAUGGGUCAAGUACCAUUAACUGGUGGAUAUCCUCAUCCAAUGCAACCGCAACAUUACGGAGCAGGUGGAUAUUACCCAACCAGUCCAUACCAGCAACACCAACAAUACUAUCCAAAUUUAAUGUACCAACAACAAUUUCCAAACAAUAUGAUGCCGGGAAUGUAUCCACAAGCAACACCAUACAACAACAAUCACUCUACACCGUUUUCUCUGACUGGACUCUUGAACUCGUUCAAAUCCUUGCUGCACACUGGAAUUAUGCCACGAUCACCACCAGCAGGAUUCGGCUUUGGUCCACAAGGGCCAUUUAUAAUUGAUCGCAAACAUGCUUGGAGGAUUGUCGAUGCUGUUUCUGGCGACACGUAUAGUGUGCGAGAUGCGCAUUGUCCACUAAAGAGGAUUGGAUGUGUGUUUAAUCAUGAGAAUAUCUGGGCAAACAUCCAACAAACAGACGACCCACGCCGCGUGCAAUGGGAUACUUCCGACCAAAGAUCAUGGCGUCCUUUCUUCACGAAAUCAUUCCCACUCCCACCCAACUUUGAAUCAAUCCAACCCAUCUCACCAUCCCUCCACAUCCGUCCAUCAUCUGAACUGCGAGACCUCGAACAGAAUAUCGAACGCACUUUAAUCUCCUCAAUCGAAACAUGGCGAGGCCGGAAAUACACACGAUGGAAUCGUCUCUGCUCACGAACAUUUGAUGGCAUGUUGUCUCGAUUUGAAGAUGAUGUUGCAGCGGGACUGGGACCGACAUUGGGUAACAAUUCGACGGAUUUGUCCAGGGAUUGGAAGGCGCUGACGAAUGUGUAUUGCAUUCGUGGGUUUCCUAUCCGGGUGGCGUAUGCGGAUAUGAAUGGGGUUGUCAAUGCUGUUAGAGCUACGGAUGUGUUUUCUGCUGGAGAUCCGAAGGUGGAGUUUGCAUUGGCUGUUGGGUGUAGAGCGUAUCCUGGUGGGUUUGUGGUUGUGUGGGUGUAUGUUGCUUCUCUUAUCAGGAAUGAAUAA